AAGCAUCAGAAACCGUCGCCUUUUGUCCCUUUCCCCUCCCUAUUAUCCGUACGUCAAAAAAUAAAUUAAAAUAAAGGGGCAAAAAGAUUCUAAAAUUAAGGGCUCUAUAUAAAGGGAGGCGAGGACGCAAGCGAGAAGAGCUUAAUCUCGGAUAAACUCUUUUGCGGAGGAAAACAUGUGCGGAGGAGCGAUCAUCUCCGAUUUCGUAACCUAUAGGAACAUGGACGGCCGAGAUCUCCCGUCGCGGGAUCUCUCGCCGUUGGAUUCUCCGGCUACCGAUGACUCUAACAACCCUAACCCUAUAGGAGGUGAAAGGACGAAAAAGGCCCUAGAGGGGGAGGGGGAGGAGGCGUCGAGAGGGAGGAGGAAGAGCGCGUACCGGGGGAUACGGCGGCGCCCGUGGGGGAAGUGGGCGGCGGAGAUCCGGGACCCGAGGAAGGGGAUGAGGGUGUGGCUGGGGACGUACAGCACGGCGGAGGACGCGGCGAGGGCGUACGACGCGGCGGCGCGCGAGAUCCGAGGGAGCAAGGCGAAGCUCAACUUCCCCAUCUCCGGCGACGGCGAUCGGAGGGAGGAGGCGGCGCCGCCGCCGCCGCCGCCGAGGAAGCGCCACCGCGCCACCGCCGCGGAGGAGGACGAGGAGGAGGAGGGGAGGAGCUCGGUGUCGUCGGAGGCGGCGACGACGACGACGACGACGACGGGGGCUUUGGAUUGGGGAAUAAAGGAGCGGAUCUCGAGAUUGGAGACGUUUCUGGAACUCGAUAAUGAAAUGGGAGCGGGGACCGGUACGGUCGAGUAUUUGAAGGCGUGGGAUGACGUCAGCUUCGCCUGAUCUGAUGAUCGUUGAUGGGCGGCUGAGAUGCGACGAUGGGGUUAUUGUCGGUUUCAUCGCUAAUCACGGAUUCGCUUAUGUUUUGGGUUUCUUAAGUGUGAUUUCUAGGGGGAGUAGGCGAUAAUAAUAAUAAUUAAUUAAUCUUAGUAAAUUAGCAAGCUUCGGCGCGCGCGUGCCUGGGAGACUGCGCCGCGCCGGGCAUCGGUGCACGUGACAGCGGCGUUCCCCUGCACUUCUAUUUCCUGGUCAAUGUGCAUAGUACUUUCCAUUUUCCGUUUCGAGAAAAGGGCUUUUUUUUUUUUUGUUAAAUGAAAAAUCCGUUAAUUUGAGUU